CGGUCCUAAAGAUAGGAGACCUUUUCAGGUUCGCUUUCAUAAGAUAACAAAUUAGUUCGUGACUAUAUAUGGAACAGGGAAGAAUCAUGUAUAAAAUAUGUUCAAUAUUCUUUAUUGCAGGUUUUAUUUCUUGCGUCCAUGCGUCUGUUUCUAAUGGCGAACUGUCUGAUUUUAUGGCAACGAUUUGGAAUGGGGACACUAAUGCAGCAACUAACGUCAGGGUCAACCUCCAGGGUCAUACUUACACCGGCUCGACGUCGGACAAGGCUUCAAGCAGUUUAUUUAGCUACGUGAACGACUAUUAUUACUUUAGUCGUCCAACAUAUGCUGCAUUGAUUCGGCUCCUUGACAACUAUAAUCACGUGGUGGGUGGGGCAGAGCAUUCUAACAGCGAAGAGGUGCAUGAAAUUGCAACAUUUUUGGACGCCAUUUCGAAAACAACAGUCAUGCAGAAAACUUUGCAAUUUCUGCACCAACACGGUUAUGUUGGAACAACAUGGAGCUCACUCGAAACCCAAUUACGUCACAUUUGGUUUGACACCUAUCCUCGCCAUGGCCACGUGUUUGAUAGUUCCGGUUUUGAGCACGUGUUCGUGGGAGAGACCGACUCAACGGAAGUUGUAGGAUUUCAUAACUGGAUCCAGUUCCAUUUACAAGAGGAAAAGGGAAAUCUCGACUACAUGGGAUAUAUCUUCUCUAAGCAGCCAAAUAUUUUGGGCACACAUUUCAGAUGGUUGUCAAAAACAAAAUCGUUGGGUUCUUUUAUGUAUGGCACCAGUCCAGAGUUUGAUAUUGCAAUGUUCACAGUCUGCUUUUUCGCGCGGAGGAAUCAGAAAUGCAAUUUUUCCGUUAAUGGACACAAUAUUCAAGUUCAGACUUAUGACAUCAACCAUGGCGGAGGAAUUCACCUAGGGACUGCUUAUCUUUGAUUGACCAAUCAAAUUGUUUGUUAUUAAAGUUAAUA